UGCUUCAUAAUACGACAAAAACCUAAAGCUACUACUUCUCCGGCGAAAAAAACUAAGAAAAUGGAGGGAACUAUCAAAUCUCCGGCCAAUUACGUUCCUCUUACUCCAAUCAGCUUCCUCGAUCGAUCUGCUGUCGUCUACGCUGACAGAGUCUCCGUCGUUUAUGGCUCCGUCAAGUACACGUGGCGCCAGACUCGUGACCGCUGCGUCAGAAUCGCCUCCGCUCUCUCCCAGCUCGGAAUCUCUACCGGAGAUGUGGUUUCAGUGUUGGCCCCAAAUAUUCCAGCUAUGGUUGAGUUGCAUUUUGGUGUUCCUAUGGCUGGAGCUUUGCUUUGUACACUCAACAUUCGUCAUGAUUCUGCACUUGUAGCAGUCUUACUGAGACAUUCAGGGACAAAAGUGAUUUUUGCAGAUCAUCAGUUUCUUCAAAUAGCUCAAGGAGCUUGUGAAAUCCUCUCAAAGAACGGUGACACGGUCCCUAUUUUGGUCUUGGUCCCAGAGCCUCUUACUCAAUCUGUUUCAGGGAAGAAGAGAUCUGAGGAGGAUAUAAUGGAAUAUGAAGAUGUUGUGGCGAUGGGGAAAUCGGAUUUCGAGGUUAUACGACCAACUGAUGAGUGUGAUCCUAUAUCUGUUAAUUACACUUCAGGUACCACUUCAAGUCCCAAAGGUGUUGUUUAUAGUCACAGAGGUGCUUAUUUGAAUUCUCUGGCUGCGGUUUUACUCAACGAAAUGCACUCAUCGCCUACUUAUCUAUGGACUAAUCCCAUGUUUCAUUGCAAUGGCUGGUGCUUAUUGUGGGGUGUUACCGCAAUUGGUGGGACUAACAUAUGUUUGAGGAAUGUGACGGCCAAGGCUAUAUUCGAUAAUGUUUCCCAGCAUAAGGUGACUCACAUGGGAGGUGCGCCAACAAUAUUGAAUAUGAUCAUCAACGCGCCUGAAUCCGAGCAGAAACCGCUUCCUGGGAAGGUAUCUUUUAUAACCGGUGCUGCACCGCCACCAGCUCAUGUGAUUUACAAGAUGGAAGAGUUGGGCUUUUCUAUGUUUCAUUCCUAUGGGUUAACCGAAACUUAUGGACCAGGCACGAUCUGUACAUGGAAACCUGAGUGGGACUCUUUGCCUAGAGAAGAACAGGCGAAAAUGAAAGCCCGGCAAGGCGUGAAUCAUAUAGGGAUCGAGGAAAUACAAGUUAAAGAUCCUCUAACCAUGAGAACUUUGGCAGCUGAUGGUGUGACUAUGGGUGAAGUUGUCUUCAGGGGAAACACAGUGAUGAAUGGUUACUUAAAGAACCCUGAAGCAACCAAGGAAGCUUUUAAAGGAGGUUGGUAUUGGAGUGGCGACUUAGGUGUUAAGCACCCCGACGGAUACAUAGAGCUGAAAGACCGAUCAAAAGACAUUAUAAUCUCUGGAGGAGAAAACAUUAGCUCGAUUGAAGUCGAGUCUACUCUGUUCACUCAUCCUUGUGUUCUUGAAGCAGCUGUUGUUGCGAGGCCUGAUGAGUAUUGGGGUGAGACUGCUUGUGCAUUUGUGAAGCUUAAAGACGGGUCUAAGGCCAGCGCGGAGGAGCUUAUAAGCUAUUGCAGGGACCGGCUUCCGCAUUAUAUGGCUCCGAGGAGUAUCGUGUUUGAGGAUCUUCCUAAAACAUCGACCGGAAAAGUUCAGAAGUUUGUUCUGAGGACCAAGGCUAAGGCUUUGGGAAGCUUAUCAAAGAAAGGCAGAAGCAAGUUAUAAAUUGGUAAGCUCUUUUUGUUACUUCCGAUCUCUAUGAGAUGUGUUAUAAAUUUGUUACUGUCUAUAAGAUCAUGUUUGUGUCUAAGCUAAACCGGAAUGAAAAACUUAAACCAAGUUGUAUGUUUCUGAAAUUAAUAAAACCGGAAUGAAAUUGGAAUUCCGGA